AUGUCCGAUCAUGAAUGUUCGGAUGAAGUCUCCUGUUGUGCUGAUCCAUCAAUUUUGACAAGUCAAUAUUCAUUUUGGCUGUAUAGAGAUGAAAAAAUUGAAUCACUCAAUUUAUUCAUACGUCCAAUGGUCUCUCGUGAUAUUUAUGAUAUAAAAACUUUCUUUCAAGACGCUUCAAUAUUUCAUAGUGCAUCGAUUGAUUUUUCUAUGUAUUAUUAUGCAUUUCGACCAAAGCAUUCGUAUGUAGUUGUUUCUAAACAUGGCUUUUUAGCUCAUGCGUCUUUGAAACAAUGGAAUUUCCAUGAUCAAACAACACCGGCCGUGCUCAUGCUCGGUUUAGUUUAUGUUCGUUCAGAUUAUCGUAAAUUUGGUAUUGGUGAAUUGUUAACGAAUUAUGUUUUAAACCUUAAAUCAAAAGAAACCAAACUUGUUCAUGCCAAUGUUCUCACUAAACAUUUACCAUUCUACAUUCGAUACGGCUUUCAAGCAUCGUUUUCUCUGGUUAAUCUCCUAGGUAAACUAAGUGAUUUCUUCCAUCUAACCAAUGUGAAUGAAGAUGAUGUUCAUUUGCAAUUGUUUGAAUCUUCCGAUAUUCUCGAUGUUGCCACUUAUGAUCAUCAGAUCUAUCCGAUCUAUCGAAUAAACUACUUCGAACAAUUACGUGAACAUACGUAUUCCAUUGCUGGUUAUGUUGCACGAUCAACGACGACCAAUUCAAUCUUAGGUUAUGUGAUUUUGAAUUUCAGUCAAGCUUAUAUCAAAUGUGGCCCAUUGUAUGCUGAUAAUUCGAACAUUGCUCUGUUAUUGUUGAGACAAUGUGCAAUUGAUUACGAUGGAAUGAUGUUACUUUCAAUACCGGAAGAUAAUCGUUUAGCGAUUAAGUUAUUUGAAUCGAAACAUUUCAAACAAACUGAGAUUCUCCAUCGUGUUUAUACAGGAAAUGAAAAUUUAUUUCAAGGCAAAAAUUUCGAACGAAUAUGGGCGAUUACCGACGAUUGGCUUUCGUUAAUCUAA